AUGACUAUAUUAGCCGCAUAUGUUGAUGACAUUCUCCUAACAGGAAACAAUCAAGAAGAAAUCAGUGAGAUAAAAUCAUUCCUUGAUUCUGAAUUUCGAAUUAAGGACCUAGGAGAAUCAAGUUAUUUUCUAGGUAUGGAACUUUUACACGAGCCCGGAGGUAUCAUUUUGACUCGGAGAAAAUUUGCAAUUGACCUCAUUUCUGAGUUUGAUUCUCUACAAUCGAGAGAUGUUUGCACUCCGCUUGAUUCACACAUUAAGCUUACUGCUGAUUCUGGUGAGCUUUUGCUUGAUCCUACCAUUUAUCGGAGGCUCUUGGGGAAGCUAAAUUUCCUCACAAAUACCCAACCAGAUCUAUCCUUUACUAUACAGACCUUGAGCCAAUACAUGCAAUCUCCAAGAUCUGGACACUAUCAGGCAGCUUUACAUACUCUUCAAUAUGUUCGAAAUGAUCCAAGUUUGGGACUUUUCUUCUCAUCCGAGCCUUCAUUUCAGAUUUUGGGUUAUUGUGACGCAGAUUGGGCAUCUUGCUCGGACACUCGAAGAUUAGUUAGUGGUUUCUUCUUAAGCAUAGGUGGAUGCCCCAUCUCUUGGAAAUCGAAGAAACAACAAGUGAUUUCUUUGUCUUCGGCAGAAGCUGAAUAUCGAUCUAUCCAACGUUUGGUAGCAGAACUUUCAUGGAUUGUUCGUCUUCUUGCUGACAUAUCCAUUUCCCCUUCGCUUCCGGUCUCUGUCCAUUGUGACAAUCAAGUUGCGAUUCACAUAGCGAAAAACUCAGUUUUUCACGAACGAACAAAGCACAUCAAAAGUGAUUGCCACUUCGUCCGCGAAAAACUGCUCGAUGGUCUAAUUUCUUUGUCUUUCGUUCCAACUACAGCCCAAAUCGCCGAUAUCUUCACAAAAGGUUUGGCAGGACCUCUUCAUCGGAGUUUUUUGGGCAAGUUGGGAGUCCGAUCUACGGGCUCCCACUUGAAGGGGGGUGUUAACAGAACUCUCACAAAAGAUGCCUCAAAAUAUUAA